GCGUUCGCUCAUUUUCUCUGUUUCCUCACUGCAAAGUAAACCUUUUUAACUCAUUAAGAGCCACCCAACCCAUAUUUAUUUCAGGGUUUCUCCCUUAUAUAGUAAGUACGGGUUCUUCCUUUCUUUGAUAUCGACAAUGCCUUCGAGGCUCUCAGACGCCUUUAGAGCCCACCCCCAACAACAACUCAAACACCCCGACUUUACCUCACUCCACGAACUGCCCGACUCUUACGCAUGGAAUCAACGCGAUGACCCUUCCCCAGAAACCUUCGCCACUGAAUCAGUGCCACUUGUCGAUCUUAACGACCCUAAUGCUCUUCAGGUUAUUGGCCAUGCAUGCAAAACUUGGGGAAUUUUCCAAGUCACCAACCAUGGAAUCUCCACAAGUCUCCUUGAUAUGGUGGAGCACACUUGCCGCUCCCUUUUCUCUUUACCAGUUCACCAAAAACUUAAAGCUGCAAGGUCUCCUGAUGGCGUCUCCGGCUAUGGAUUUGCCAGGAUUUCCUCCUUUUUUUCUAAGCUUAUGUGGUCUGAGGGGUUCACUAUUGUUGGGCCACCAGACGAGCAUUUUUGCCAACUUUGGCCCCAAGAUUUCAGCUACCACUGUGAUGUGAUUAAAGAAUACAAGGAAGAAAUGAAAAAGUUAGCCGGGAGAUUGAUGUGGCUCAUGCUGGGUUCCCUAGGCAUAAUUGCCAAAGAGGAUAUCAAAUGGGCCGGCCCAAAAGCUGACUUCAAAGAGGCCUCAGCAGCUUUACAGUUGAAUUACUACCCGGCUUGUCCGGACCCGGACCGAGCCAUGGGUCUCGCCCCGCACACCGACUCCACUCUCCUCACCAUCCUCUACCAAAACAGCACUAGUGGGUUGCAGGUCUUUAAAGAGGGAGCCGGAUGGGUCGCGGUACCUCCGGUACCGGGGGGGCUUGUGAUAAACGUUGGUGACCUUAUGCAUAUACUGUCCAACGGGUCAUACCAGAGUGUUCUUCACCGGGCCAUGGUGAACCGUAGCCAUCACCGGCUAUCCUCGGCUUAUUUAUAUGGGCCACCGUCUACUGUGGAAAUAUCACCCCAUCCAAAAUUAGUAGGGCCAACUCACCCACCCCUCUAUCGACCGGUUACUUGGAACGAGUACCUUCACACCAAAGCUAAACAUUUCAACAAGGCACUCUCAUCGGUUCGGGUUUGUGUUCCUCUAAAUGGAUUGGGUGAUGUAAAUGAACAAAAUAAUAGCGUUACAGUUGGCUAAGAGAAGGAAGAGAGAGAGUGAUUUUGUUUUGUUUCACUUAUAUUGUUCCUUCCCAUGUCUCCAUUGGUUUGGACGUUUUAUGGGGCCCUAUCCGACUAUUUUGGAGCAUAGUGUUUGGGACAUAGGAAAUUUUAUUUCUCUAAUUUCUUAAUAUUAACCCCAAGCUAGAAUUGUUAAUAUAAAUUAA